AUCUUCUCAUCUUAUCCAAAUAUCUUUCUUUUUCUCUUUUCUUUCAUCACCCACUCAUCAUCUCCACAUUUCAAUCCAACCCACCCAACUUACCAAAUUUUGUGUUCAACCAAAAAUCUCACAAUGGCAACAGCCUCAGCCACUCUAUCUCCAGUCAACUUCACAGUGGUUGCACCCACAAGUAAGUCAUCAAACAGAACAACAACCAAAGUGACUUACAUCAAAGGCAUGAACUCAUUUGGUGGGCUUAAAGCCCAUAACACCACUGUGGCUGCAUUAGGACUUCCUGUUUGCACUGAACAACAAUUUGCAAACAUUGUUUGCUCAUUGAGAAAGAAACCAUCAUUUAAAAAUGGUGGUGGUGCACUAACUUCAACUUGCAGUGCAGUGGCUGAGAUUUUCAAGAUAGCUGCAAUUAUGAAUGGACUAACACUUGUUGGAGUUGCAGUUGGUUUUGUUCUUUUAAGGAUUGAAGCAUCUGUUGAAGAAGCUGAGUAAGAUAAAAUAUUUGUGGGGAAUUCUUCAAGAGAUUUCACACUUUUUGUUUUACCCCAAAAACAUAUUAUUAUCUUUUGUUUCAUUGUUGAAUUCAUGUAGAUUCAAUCAUCAAUCAUAAAUAUGUAUGCAGCAGAUGUUAUAUAUAUAAUACCAUCAUUUAUGCUC